AUGGAUGGUAAAAGAAAAGAUGUAUAUAGGUUAGUUUCACCAAUGAACAAUCCAAAGACUGAUAUGGAAAGUUAUGAAGAAGUUAACUUAGUUGCUAAUUCCAAUUUUGAGGUUCUGGCUACUUUCAGGUACGACCCUGGUUUCACACGCUGCUCACCGUCAAAGAAAGAAAUAUUUGAAAGUCCAGACCCUAGGUUGGGUCUACGAGACGAAGAGAUUAGACGGGAGAUCAUUAAGGAAGAUUACUUGAGCUACUUACGAGUAAGGGAGGUCAAUUCCGGCAGUGGUCUUCUCGAGAAUAUCCAACAUCCUGAUGUUUGGAAGCAGGAUUGCAAAACUAUUGUGUGCCACAGCAUAGAAGAUAUGCUGCAAGUCAUUUAUGAAAGGUUUUUCUUAUUAGAGGAGCAAUAUCAAAGAUUAAGAAUAGCAUUAUCAUACUUUAAGAUCGAUUUCAACACGUCUCUGAAUGAUCUAUUGAAGUUGUUGGUUGAAAACCUCAUUAAUUGUAAAGAAGGGAGUGCAGAGUAUGAUGUAAUCCAGAAAAUGAUCAACGAAAAGCAAUGUUAUAAAAUACGGGUACUUGUCUCUAAGAAAGGAAGUAUACGAAUUGAGGCAAUACAAUUACCCAUGGCACCUAUUCUAACAUUGACGACUAAUUGUGAUAGUGCUUCCACAUAUUUUAUCAAAACGAUGCUGAAUGGAUUUUUAAAUCAUAGCACAAUAAACUGGGAUGUUGUCAUUUCAUCUGAACCAUUGAACGGAUCGGCUUUUACCAGUUUCAAAACUACGUCAAGAGAUCAUUACGCUAGAGCAAGAGCUCGCAUGCAGACAGCUAUAAAUAACUUAAGAGGUUCAGAACCUGCCACUGCUGUCUCUCAAUGCGAAAUUUUAUUUCCCAACAAAUCUGGGCAGCUGAUGGAAGGUUCAAUAACGAACGUGGCCGUGAUUCGAAGAGAUCAUAACGGUACUAAGAAAUAUGUGACACCAAGAUUAGCUACUGGAUGCCUGUGCGGUACAAUGCGUCAUUAUUUAUUGCGGCUCGGUCUUAUCGAAGAAGCAGAUAUAAAGAUAGAAAGCCUCACGAUUGGCGACGAGGUCUUGCUUUUCAAUGGUGUUAUGGGAUGUAUAAAGGGAACAGUAAAAACGAAAUAUUAA